AUCUUGUUUGUUCAGAUGUUGAGUGAGGAGCGCGUCAUCUCUCGCUCGAGUUACGCAACGGUGCUCCUCUUUAUAACCAGCAGCCGCUCGGGCCCCAGAUCUUCUCCCGAGCGGAUCAUGAAGGCGUUCUGUGAGCUCUGUCUGCUUCUGUCUCUGGUCGAGCUUGGCCCGGCUCCGCCCGCGUCUCAGGGGCCGCCGCUGGCGUGCAGAGGGCCCACGGAGCCAGCGCUGCCACAGCCCGAGACGCCGGAGGACAUGGCCGGCCCCGGGGACCUGGAGCCCACACACUUCCCGGCUCGGCGGGCGGCCACGGUGGCCCUGCACCGCCUCAACGUCGCCCACGGCUCGCCCUUCAGGGUGUUCGGCCUGCAGCAGGUGCACAAGGCCAGCGUGGAGGAUGUGGCCGCAGCAGGCAGGAAGUACAGCCUGGACCUGUCGGUGACGGACUGGGCCGCUGGCAGCGCGGGCCCGGCGCUGCGCUGCUCGGCGGAGGUCUUGUUCUCCAGGACGGAGCAGAGCAGUGGUCCCGAGGUGCAGCUGCGCUGUGAGGCCCUGCAGAAGAUCAACAGCACAGCCGAGGACCACGCUUUCUACCAGAAGUACCUCGCUCCCGCCAGCGCCGUCUCCGCUCAACACUUACCAGACAGCUACGGUAACAUGAGCGAGGAGAUGCAGCCGUUCUGGCGCUUGGCUCGAGUGGCUGCGUCCUUCAUCAUGCUCCGAGAGUCCAGCGAGAACACCGAGUUCAACAUGGCUCAGGUGGCCAGCAUCACACAGCAGGAGUCGAGCGACAAGCAGCUGAUGCUGGACUACGUGGUUCUUCUUCAUGACCUGCCCUCUCAGGAGAUCAUUCAGUGGAAGCUGCUGGUGUCCUGGUCUCCAGACAGAGGCGUCAGGGUCCUUCAGACCGAGUGGCAGCCCAGAUGUCCUCACGCCACCGAACCACCCAACUAACCCUGAGCUAACUAACCCGGUGCUGAACCUGUACUAAACCUGUACUGAACCUGUGCCAGACCAAUAAAGACAGACCAACACA